AUGGUAGAAAUUGGGAUUAAAGCUAGGGAUAAGGACCACAUUGGGUCAAACAGUUUCAAUUGCCACCUCAGCUGUUAUCCAUGCCAGCGUGGCUUCUCAGUGCCAGAUUUUCUCCAGGAAGAGGCCCUCUCUUUUUACAAGAAUCUCUUUGGUACAACGGAAGAGGUUGAGGACAAGCCUUGGGUUGCUCUAUUGAGGGCGAAGUAUCUGAGGAAUGAGGGAGUGUUAGAUGGCCAUGUCCCUUGCAAUGCUUCUCAUGUUUGGAAGAGUAUCUCAAAGGCUUUUGGUGCUCUUAAGGAUGCCUUCUCUUGGUGCUUUGGGUCACUUGAUCAAUCUUUUUGGUCUGACAAUUGGAGUAUUGAGGGACCAAUUGCUCAAGAUGUCCCUUUUUGGGGUGUGGCAUCUUCUAGACUCUACUCAGCUAAGAGUGGGUACAGUUGGCUAGCCAAAAGAAAGUUUGACUGGAAUGAGCAUGAUAAUUGGUUGUGGGUAUGGCGACUGCAUAUUCCUGAAAAGUACAAGUUCUUGAUUUGGCUCAAUCUUCAUAAUGCUAUUCCUACGUCAGAGUUUCGUUUGAGUCGUGGUUUAGCUUUAUCUAGCACCUGUCAUCGGUGUCAGAAUGGUUAUGAAUCCAUUCUUCGUUGUCUUUGGGAGUGCCCUAGUGCCAAGGAGGUCUGGAACCUUUUAGGCCUGUAUUCAGAUAACUCGAAUUUACAUGAUUGGCUCUACAGAGGUGCAAGGAGUGGAGAUGUUUUUCUUUUCUUUUCGACCAUCUGGUGGAUUUGGAGAAGUAGGAAUCAUGACUUAUUUAAUAUAGAUGAUUCAUGGAGUGCUAGUAAACUGGUGAGUUUGAUUUGUAGUUCAGUAAGGGAGUUUCACACUAUUUUUGCUAUGCAUCAAUCUCUGUCUCCUCCUUCACUUUGUUUGCAUUGGAUUCCACCUCCAGUUCAUUCUGUUAAAUUGAAUUGUGAUGCUAGUUGGUUUGCUCAUUCUGGCUAUGCUGGUUUUGGUUGUAUCAUUCGCAAUCCUGAUGGAUGUUGGUUGAAAGGUUGCACUGGGAAAGUCGAAGUGUGCAGUGUUCUUUUUGCUGAAUUAUAUGCAAUUUGGAGAGGUUUACUUCUUGCUUGGGAGAGUGGAUUUCGUAAGGUCAUUUGUGAAACAGACUGUUUAGAAGCUCUUUUCUUGGUAAAUUAA